AUGGCAUUCCCCACGAUGCAAAUCAUCUCGUUUUUCAACUUCCAACGCCGACUGCCCACACCCACACCCACAACCGGUCAUGUACACACCCACACCCACACCGCCACCGACCGCCGACCGCCGACCGCCUACUUGCCCACCCACCCCUCCUACCUUGCUUUUAUUCAACUUAUUCCCUCGCUUUCCGAUUUACCCUAUCUCGCACGCAUACCCCUCUCUCCUGUCUCCCCAACUCUCUCAUCUCAUCUCUCGAGGCCCCCGCGAAAGUCCACGGCUUUCUUGUAUUAUGAUCACCCGUUACCCCCCACAAAUCCCCGCACGCAAGCAGGCUUGGUUCGAAAUCUCAAAAGUCCUGGAGCACUCUUACACUUCCAUCUUCUUGCUGUCUAUUUACCUCUCGCGCUCUCCGUCUUUUCAGGUUUCGACUACAUACGUACCGUUACCGUUAUCAUUCCACAUAUACCCGCACCUGCUGCCGAUCACUCGUCCAUCAUACCUAGAGUAAAGUAG